GCUUCGGAGGAGCACCGGACAAUAUGGCGGACGAGAAGAAGAAAGCGAAGCGAGUUCGGAAGGUCCAUACUAGCCGCAACCCGGUGUUGGCCCGGGGAAUCGGGAAAUAUUCCCGGUCAGCGAUGUAUGCCAGGAAGGCCAUGUACAAGCGCAAAUACAAAGCUCCGGAAACAAAGAUAGAGAAGAAGAAGAAAGAGAAAGAGCCUGCCACUGUGACGAAACCAGUUGGGGGUGAUAAGAAUGGAGGCAACCGGGUGGUCAAACUUCGUAAAAUGCCUAGGUAUUACCCAACAGAAGAUGUUCCACGCAAACUCCUGAGUCACGGCAAGAAGAAUUUUGCCCUACACAAGAGGAAGCUGCGGUCUUCAAUCACCCCGGGUACUGUUGUGAUCCUGCUCACUGGCCGACACCGAGGCAAGCGCGUGGUCUUCCUGAAGCAGCUGGGAAGCGGUCUGUUACUUGUUACAGGGCCCCUGGCCAUCAACCGCGUUCCUCUGCGCAGGGCUCACCAGAAAUUUGUCGUUGCCACGUCUACCAAGGUUGACAUAUCUGGAGUGAAACUUCCAAAGCACCUCAAUGACUUGUACUUCAAGAAGAAGAAGCUGCGUAAACCCAAACACCAAGAGGGUGAAAUCUUUGACACCGAGAAGGAGAAAUACGAGAUAACGGAGAGGCGCAAGGCGGACCAGAAGACUGUGGACUCUCAGCUCCUGCCAGUCAUCAAGAAGGUGCCUCAGCUCCGUGGCUACCUGCGCUCAACGUUUUCCCUUUCCAACGGAGUUUAUCCUCAUAAAUUGGUCUUCUAAAUAAUCUGGUGGUACCACAGUAAAGUUUGAGACAAAAACA